AUGAAUGUCAAGUUUGAAAAGGAAAACUUUAUCCUUAUAAUGUGGGUUAGUGGGAGUGUGAGAACUUUGUGGGAUUUGAAGUUUGGAAUAUGCCGCGCAAUUUCGCGUACACUUCGAAUAACAUCAAAACAAAAACUGUGGAAAUGUUUUUCGCUUCUGCUGCUUUUCCUCCGAGAUAUUUAUUGGAGAGUGAGAUUUUUCAGCGCAAGCGCCUUCAUCAUGAAACUCAUCAGAAAUUGUUUAUUUCUUCAAGCUUUGGAAAACGCUAUGCAAACUUUGUAA